AUGAGCUCUGAAUCGGGUACUGGAGCGACUGGGGAGACCAGCACCGGUGCGGAAACAGUUCCCGAGGUCUCUGUGACCAGGAAUGUCAUACCCGCAACCGUGCGAAGCGAGCCUUUGGAGGUUCGAGCUUCCGAAGCUGUCCCCAUGAACUUUGAGACCCCUGGUGUCGCGCGUGAGCGAUGGGCGCGGAUGGAUGCCCGUCCACCGCGGCCUCCUCCGCCUCCUCCGCCGAUGCUGCAAAUGACGGCAGCGGAGUUGAAUGCUUAUAUCCGGGAAGCGGUCGCAGAUGCUCUUCGUACUGAGCGCACUGUACGAGAGGCGGCUAUUCGAGCGUCGGCAUGGGACCCAAGGGCUCCGGCCCCGGUGCCCAUGGACGAUCACAGCACUCGUGCUGAAGAACAUAUUCUUUCGAAGCUGAUUCAGGAUGAUCACUUCAGGGGCAUGCAGGACGCCACGGCCGUCGAUACGUUCUUGAAGAAUCAUCACGACUACCAUUAUAACUUGGGACCUCUCGACGAUAAGAGAUACCUGGUUACCGUCGAGCGAUACCUCGAUGGCGCUGCGAAGCAUUGGUUUACGACCAAUUGUGCCAACGUGCGCACUAAGGAUACUUUUGAACAGCGGUUCAAGGAGAGAUGGUAUCCUUGUAACGUUGCUCAGAACACGUUGAUGCUGUUACGCAAAUUGACUACAGCAUCGAAGAAAGCGGGUACAGAUACCGCUACAGCUCAACGUGCGUCUGGUGGUAGUGGUGGCGGAAAGGCUCCGCGCUACAAACCGGGCCGCCAGGGCAAACCUGCGGCUAAUCGUAACCAUAAACCUUACGCCGAUGCCGGUAAAUGCUUUCAUUGUAAGCAGGAGGGACAUCAGCGAAAGGAUUGUCCCAAGCUUGCGAAGCCAUGGUUGGAUCCAGCUUCAGAUCCGCUACGCAUUGAAACAACAGAGGAUUCGAAUCCUGCACCGGUUGGGGUUAAUGGCGUAGAGGAAUACUUCCCCGAUAAGAUUAUUGGGCGUAAGAUGGUCCAUGCAAAGCCACAAUACUUGGUCCAGUGGGUCGGCUAUCCACCAGAAGACACCACAUGGGAAACACAUGAGCGAGUUAAAGACUGCGCUGCAUUGGACGACUUUCUCCUAGUACAUGGAGAUGUCCCAUUUCCCGCUUCAAAUAAGCGCAAGAGAGCUACGCCCAAAGGAGGAGGUUGGCCCUAA